GUGGCGUAGGUCGCGGUUUGGAAAAUGCCUUUCUUUCUUGACUAUUACACGCAAAAACUCUCUCGGAAAAAGUUGACUCAGAGAACACCACAAUAAUUUUUUCCUCCAAAACCAGAAGCAGAGAUCAAAAUGGAUAUGCUGUCAGAACUACAGAUUUUGCAAGACAACCUUGACCAUUUUUUUCUCAUCAUCACAGGAUGCCUUAUUUUUUUUAUGCAAACAGGAUUUGCUUUUCUUGAAGCGGGCUCAGUAAGAUCAAAGAACACAACUAACAUUCUGAUCAAGAAUUUCCUGGAUGUAUUUAUUGGUGCAGUUGCAUAUUGGUUGUUUGGGUAUGCAUUUGCAUUUGGAGCUGAGAGCAAUAGCUUCAUUGGACACAAGUUUUUCGCACUGGCAGAUUUACCAGCUAACCAAUACUCUCAUUGGUUUUUCCAUUUUGUUUUUGCCGCCACAGCGGCAACAAUUGUCAGUGGUGCCAUGGCAGAGAGGACAGAGUUCAAGGCUUACCUUUUGUACUCUGUGUUUCUCACUGGCUUUGUGUACCCAAUAGUCACUCACUGGGCUUGGGAUGGAAAUGGUUGGCUGUACAAGGGUGUGGAGUACACAAAAGACAAUGUAACCAUGUCUAUUGCAUACCAGGAUUUUGCUGGCAGUGGGGUUGUUCAUGUUCUUGGUGGUACUGUUGCCUUAAUUGGAGCAACUGUUGUUGGACCAAGGACAGGAAGAUUUGUGAAUGGUGUCCCUGUGUUGCUUGCAGGCCAUACUGUACCAAAAGCUGCUCUUGGAGGAUUUAUCCUGUUUUUUGGUUUCCUGGGAUUCAAUGGUGGCUCACAGGCAGCCAUUACGUUCGGAGGAGAUGCAGAUGCUGUAGCUCUGUCCAUUGUCAACACAGUUCUUGGAGGAGCUUCAGGUGCAUUAACUGCCAUGAUUGUCAAACGACUGGGCUUUGCAGAUAAGUACUGGAGCUUACUCUUUGCCAUUAAUGGUGGACUUACUGGAAUGGUGGCUUUGUGUGCAGGUUGUAAUGCCAUUUAUCCUUAUGCUGCUUUUGCUAUUGGCAUCAUUGCUGGAGUGGCCUAUGUUGGAUGGAGUACUCUCAUUCUUUAUUUUAAAAUUGAUGAUCCACUGGAAGCUGUGGCUGUUCAUCUAGGUGGUGGUUUCUGGGGUGUGCUAUCUGUUCCCAUCUUCAAUAAGGAAUCUGGAAUAUUUUAUGAUGGAAGUGCAUAUUCAUUCUAUUUGUUUGGCUGGAACGUGAUGGGAGUGCUUGCCAUAAUGGCCUGGUCUGCAUCAUUAAGUUUACCCUUGUUUCUUGUAUUGCGCGUCACAAAGCAGCUUCGUGUCAGUCCAGAAAUUGAGGAGAUAGGCUUGGAUAUUCCUAAACAUGGUGAACCCGCCUACCCAUUGGAUAGUUAUGGAAACGGUUGGUCGGAUCCGCCAUCUGUUCCACAAUCCUAAAAGCUACACGUUUAUACUCACUUUUGAAAGAAGAAAUGCACAAAAUAAAAAAUGCAAUUU